AUGUAUUCGCACACCAACUCUCUGUUCUUACCUUCGCCCUACCCUACAUCUAACCCGAGAAGUCACACUGCAAGCCGCGCGACGCUGUGCAGAGCCCACUCGAGCCAAUUCCUUCCAUUAGAUCCCAAGAUACCCCAUCAUCCGGAACGCUGUCCUACGGCUCCAAACGAAUGGACUCCCCGCAACGAGCUCGCCGUAGCGCCUCGGAGCUCGGCAGCAGGCGGCAGUAGCAGCGGGCGGCAGUGGCAGCAGCGACCGUACAAGUGCCGUACGGAUGAGAGUGACGGGGUUGACGGCUCUGGCGACGGCGUUGGCGACGAGAGUGGGAGCAGCAGUGCUACUGCUGGCGGUGACGGAGGCAGCGGUGGUGGCGGCGAGGUUGGUAUCGAAAUCCAGGGCAGCAGCCUGAGCAACAGCGAUGGCGGACGGGGCGACCUAGGCGCCAGGCCGCGGGCGCGGGCAGCUGUCGGCGCAUUCCCCUCAUCGGGUGGUGCCGCCAGCGGGGCCGGCAGUGCCCAUCACGGCGUCGACAUUCCAUGCAAAUGCGACGACGACGUAACGCCCGCGAACCCCACUGCACCGCUAUGCACGGGUGGCGGCAACGGUAUUGGCGGCGAUGCACCUGCCGUCGAGGACCUGGACAUCAGUAGCGGUAAUGGGGUUGGCAGCAGCCACCGCGCCACAACCGCUGGAGGUAGUCCUAAAGACGGCGGCGGCUGCGAUGCCGACGGUGGCAGCGACCCCUGCAGUAGCCAUUCAAACCUCCCGAGGGUUAGCAGCCAACAUGUAUCGCCCUUGCUACAGCCGGCAGUCGCAGCUACAGCAUUCCAAACAGCUGCGGUGGCGGCGCUGCCGCCGGCUGCAGCCGCCUUCACGGAGCAGCAGCCAGCGCCGCCAGCAGCUCCAGCGGCAUCUGGUGGGACUCGUUCGUCUGGAAAUACAACGUUGCACGCUACCUUGACCAUCCUGCCCUGCGGCCCCCAGCCCUGCGGCCCCCAGCGGGCGACGGCUGCCGCGGGCGGUACAGCCAAUACAACGACCUCAACUGUUAAGACCGCCGUACCGUCGUACCCCAGUAUCAUACAUGAUAAAGGCGUGGCCGCCGUGCCAGCCACUACCACCGCGUCCGCCACCAUCAGAGCGGCGCUCGGGCCGCCGCCGCCGGCGCCGCCGCCGGGCCUGGAAGCUACUGCCACCGCCACAGCAACUGCUACAGCCACCGUCAACGCUGCUGUCCCACGUGACAGCACGGCGUCAUCGACGAGGUGCCCCCAUGGAACUCCAGCUCCACCCAACGUGACUCAACGGCUCACGCUCACGUUCCGGGAGUGGUGUACGGCUGCUGGGGCCGCCACAGACGCCGCUGCACCCAUGCAGCAGCAGCAGCAGCAGCAGCACUUCGGCCAACAACAGCAGUCGAAGGCAUCUUGGCGGCGUACGGCAGGCUUAUCCCGAGCUCAUCACCGCGCCCUGCCACUCUGCACCUUGCCUCACCGCCGUUUCAACACGCCCUUCCGCAGCGGCGCGGAAGGAUGCGACGAGGGGCGCUACAGCCGUUUGCCCUGGGCAUUUCAUGGCGUGCGCCAGGGCUGCUGGCUGGCGGCUACAGCCAUAGUGGCGAUGCUGCCGCUGUUACUAGUGGCGCUUCUGCUGAUGCGUGGGUCCCUGCCGGACUUGCGUGGAGCCGGCGGUGUUGGCCGCGGCGGCAGCGACACAGCGUCAGCCGGCGGCGCCGCCGGCUACAGGAGCAGGGCCGUUGCUGCAGAGGUUGUAGCCGCUGGCGGCUGGGCCCCGGUUUGGGGCGGCAGCGGCAGCGGCGGGGGCGGCAGCGCGGAGGCGGGUGACGGUAGUAACAGCCGUAGUGCCGUGCUGGCGGCGCCGUCACUGGAGCUCGCCACAGCGCCAGGCCCUCCGCCAACGCCGGCGAUAGCAAAGCCAUGGCUGCGUGUGGUGAUGGCCGAUUUCCGCUUGCCCGCGGUGCCACUGCAAUUCGCCUUGGACCUGGCGAGAUGGAGGCACCUUCCGCUCACCCUCCCGCCGCUGCUGCCGCCUUCGAUGUCCUCGGCCGCUCCGGCGCCGCAUCCCCAUCCGCUGUCGACAUCGCCACGGCCAGGCGGCGCUCGUCACAGCCUCGCCGUCGAGGGCCGCACCAACACGGGUUUAUGGGGCUGCCCCCGACAGGGGCGACGAGUGCGGGUGCUUAUGGCCGUUAUCUCGCGGUGCUGCGACGCCGAGUCCUCCGCCAAGCGCAGCUCCAUUCGGGAAUCUUGGGGGGCCCAACUUCGGUCGUACUUGUACGACUGCAUGGACCUGGUGUUCGUACUUGCGCAGCCGCCGCCGCACCAGGCGCGGCAGGCAGCAGCGGUGCUGCAGCAAGAGGUGGCAGCGGUGGCGGCUUCCGCCAGUGUCGUACCUCGCCGCAGUGGCAGCGGCGGCGACGGUGGUGGAGGAGGUAACUCGCUUGGCCUGAACGGUGACAUUGUCUUCGUCCCCGGACUGGACACGUAUCGCAAUCUGCCCAGCAAGACGCUGCGCAUGGUGCAACUGGCCCUGAGCAGGCGUGGUAUCAAGUCAGGACAGGACCAGGAGGGCAAGGAGAAGCUUGGGGGCUUGGAGGCGCGGAAAGAGCGGGCGGAGGCGGAAGUCAGACCCCGGGCUCUGGCCAAGGCGGCCGCGGUCGCUGCUGCUGCUGAGGGGGAGGAGGCGGAGGUGGAGGUGGAAGUGGAGGAUGGGGAGGGGAAGGGGAAGGAGGAGGCGGCAGAGGUGGAAGUGGAGAUCGAGGAGGGGCUCUUCUGCGGCGGCGUAUCCGGCUGGUUCUCGCACGCGGAUGACGGCUUUCGACCCAUCCGGGAUCCGUUGUCAAAGUGGUAUUUGUCCCCCGAGGAGCUGUCUGACCAUGAGGCACCCCUAGGGGCGCCGUACCCAGUUGGUUGGAUGUACGUCAUGUCACGUGAUGUGGCAGGACGUGCUCUAGCCAAGGCGGUGCACUACAGCCGUCAGCCCUCCGCAGCCCCCCGCUGGUGGGGCAAACUGCCGUGGGAGGACGUGACGCUGGGGGCGCUGCUGUGGGGGGAGGUACCGCUCCGAAACCACCCCGGCUUCAAGCACCCUUUCAUGGGCUGUGGCGAUGACACCGUGCCUGAUUUCACUGCCACUCAACCUUGCGUGUUUUGCACCCUUGUCAAGGCCAAGCAUUUGGACAAUCUAGCCCCCCAGCUUCAGCGCCCACUUGCCUCCCUGGAGCGUUCUGGCUCGUGGGGCCGCCCUGGAGCCGUAGAUUGCACGCAGGGCGCCUUCCAGGCCGGCAAUUUUACGGACUGGCGGCGCUGGAGAAACGAGCAACCUGAUGUGGCUGUGACGGGCAGGAUCUGA